CAGACCAGUACACGUCGCUCUGUGUGAUUGGGCCGCCCAGGCCUCCACAGGACAUCGAUUUGGGGAUAGCAGUACCUAUCGGCCCGUACCUGAAGCCGGAGGCUGCAUACUGGACGCUUGGAGGGCUUUUGCUGAUUGGUUGACCUUCUCUGGUUCGUGGUCAAGGACGCCUGACGGCUUUGGGCGGCUGGCCUAGGAGAGUUACGGACCAGGCUCGGCGGCCUAUCGGUAUCACCACAAUCCAGCAUCUCCUUGACUCGAAUUGUACCGUUUUCUGUCCUCCCGGUCGCCCACAUGCGAAAGAGGGAGUCGGCUCGAUGCUGCAUGUCAUUCCCUCGUAGUAUGCGCCAGUUGCAUUUCCACGGGUGACGGGUCUCCAUCGCUGUACAGUACGCCCUCAGACAGCGGAUAGCCAAGGGAACGCGCCGGACCCGGGAUCCAUCAUUGCGAGAAGGUCCAGCGAGUUCCUCCACGUGUGUCAUGCGCAGUGAACGAAAAUAGUCACCUAGGGAGGGAUGCGUCAUUACUACAGCAGGGCACAAUACAAAAGCACGCGGAUUGGAGGAGGGACGUCGGACGCUGGCAGGGUGCAGACUGCGAUCUACUGGUGUGGGAAAGUGAGACAUGAAGAGUGUUAAUUAUUCGCCAGGUCUUACGGACCUAUCGACGUCCUCUUCACGUUCUUCAACAGCUUUGAAGCUGAACUACGACGUCCUCCUGAACGUGGUUUCAGUGGGGAUUGACCAGGCGAAGGAUGCAGUCUCCCUCAUCGGCACGUGUCGUCUCCUAUACCGCGAAGGACCCAAGAUAGCUCUCAGGAAGCCUGUCAACAUAUGCGGCGAAGAAGAACUCGCUUUGUUCGUCGACUUCCUCCGUGCAGACAACCUGACUCGCUGUCCAUACCUCCGGCGACUCAGUCUCUGGGCAUGCCACCCAGACGAUGACGAUGAUCUUGCUCAUCGGCUUGCUGAGACCCUGCCCCUUUUGACCGGGCUCGCAUAUCUGGAGCUGGGCGAAGCAGAAGAGCUCCUCCAAUGUGAUCCUGCUCUUCCCCUUGCUUUCGCUGCCCUCACCUCUUUGCACCACAUUCGUGUGACGGGAGCCGAUGGGGAGACCUGUCAGCUCCUGUCCGCCAUCCAAUCACCUCUGGUCUCCGCUGACGUUAGCUUCCUGGGCGACCGUGACGACACAUUGUGGGCCCUCGUGGAUGCCAGAUACUGGGCCUCCUACCACCCUGUCACAGUCUUUGCGGGGCAUGCGGACACUCUCGAGGAACUGCAGUGCAAGUGUUGGUACACGCCCUCAGACGAGGACGUCAUACCUGAGGCGAUAUAUCCAAGCAUGCGCAAACUCUCAAUUGUACUCCACGACGUCCCCCUCUUGAUGGCUCCUUUCAUCCGCGCAUUCCCUAACCUAACCGACCUGCACGUUCUUACAGAAGACGAUGGUGAUGUAGACGCUCCUCAUCACAUGGAGCGCAUGCGGGCUAGUCACAGAGUCAACGUCGCUCGGCAAUCCCGCGCCGGGUGCGCAUGGGAACGGCUGGAACACUUCAGCGGCCGUCUGACCGACCUCUACUCCAUUGGCCUUAUAUCUCACAUUCGCCGCGUAACGAUCGUGGAUCCUCUCGAUAAAUGGCCCAAGUUGGACAUGCUCGCCGAGGCACUGCGCUGCGCGCGGCCUCUGCAUCUCAAGCUCCACAGAGUGACUGGUACCCUGCUCGGAGACCCCGACAGAGGAGUGGUCGCCAUGCUGCGGGACAGAGGUGUCUCCAACUUGAUCACCUUCGACAUGCAAGUUCAUUUUGGCGAAGGUGACAGGGAGAAGGAUUUGAAAAUUGUCCUAGAAGAUCUGACGUCGGCGCUGGCCCGUCUACCACUGAAGUGCCUAGAACUCGCUUUCUACACGUCCGGCCUCGUUCCGACCGCGGAAGACCUCAGAGACUUUGAUCGUCAGGGAGAUCCGAGACCGAUUGUCGCACCUCUCAGUCCGGCGGAGUGCUCUCUCAGCAGUGUGAAUGUAGAUGGCCUCGUGGCUCUUCUGACGGAUCGGGUCUCCUCUCUCUCAAACUUGCUGCUCGUGUUACACAACUCUCGUGCGGAGGGCGAGACUGUGCAGGGGAAGAUGACGAAAGGAAAGUCUCCUGGGCCUGGGCACGGACAAUGGGAGAGCUGGAUGCCUGGACAGAAUGAUGAAUUUGUUUGAAAGUAAUGACGCAGCCGCAUCUUGUGUAGAAGGCCAACGGCGCCCGCUGAGGGCACGGUGUGGUACCGGCUAGCAUGUACGGCGGAGUGGAGGAUAGGGACAUAUUACACUCUUUUGACACUUUCAGGCGAUGCAAGCCAUGCUCACCAGCAAACAGCAUCGCUAAUCGAUCUCAUGGGAGUCAGCAUCGUCAGUGAAUCGGGAUUCGUGUAUAAUUCUUCCGUAAUCAAUGUCUUCGCGACGUUUGAUGACAUAUCAAAUUUCGACAGUAAAUGGUUCACAUGGAAGGAAUACUCAGGACAGACCAAAACUCGGCCUUCGGCCUCAGAGCUAGCGACAUCUGGCUUCCGCGCCCUCAAGGGCGGUGGGCAGCCCCAUUUUCCAGCCGGAGGUGGAAGACUGUCGCGCUCGAUACACAUCCCCGUAUUUGCUCGGCCGCCCCCUAACAAACCGACAACGACUGCUCAGACCGUCUUCAGGAAUGCUAAGACGGCCAUCUCGCGCUUUGUUGCGCACCUCACUACCCCGGGCACGUUGCACUCAUCCGUCCAUGUCCCUUCGGGGAUUGGAGCUCGUGCGUACCAUGGCCCCGCUACCCGCAUGCCGACCAUUCAGGAUCGCCUCUCCUUCCCUGCACGGCAAAUACUCUCCAGGCCCUUAGCCGUACCCUUCCUUCCUCGCCCACCAACCAUCCCGCGGCACAUCACUCAGGUCGGCUUGGGUACGGCGCGGAACUUCUCGACUGGGCGUCCUAUCUUCCAGCACCUUGUCGAGAACGUUCCGGUGUACGCGCGGUCCUUUAGCGAAGUUGACUGGGAUCUACGCAUCAAGGAGGAGAGAGAGCGGUUGCGGUUGGAGAAGCAGAAGGCGAAGCGUGAGGCCAAGGCGGCGAAGAAGGCUAAGGUCCCCUUCCGCCCCAUUCAGCUUAACGUCGUCCCUACUCCAGCCCCGAGCACUGUCGAGUCCGAGAAGGAUGAGCUCGACCACUACUUCCCUGCCCCUGCGGCCCCCGAAGUCACCACAUACCUCCUGAUUCCCCUCGCGCCCACUCCGACGUCUCGUCUGCCCCUCCCACUUAACCCGCCGUCCACGUCUGCACACCCCCUGCUACCGUUCGAUGUCAUAGCAUCCAUGCACGCUAGUCAUGGUACACAUGCGCUACGGGUCUCCACGGUGUUUGGGCGCCUCGAUACAGCUAAGGUUUUCGAAGAACCUGGCGUUCACUGCGAGGCCCGAGGAGAUCCGAGCGGAUUGUGCACGGUGCUCGAAGUGCGUUUCGAGGGCUGGACCGUCAACAGAGUUCGCGGGAUUCUUGGAGAAGCGGGCACGGGAUGGUGCGUUCUGGAGGAGGUAUGGCGUGACCAGGAGCACACUGAAGCUGAGGAAAUGGACGCGACGCUCGAGGCACUCAGCGUCAGCGAGGCCGAUAGUCUCAGCCGCGACCUUUCGCUCUCUGGCCUGUCAGAGUUGAAUGGCAGCUGGGGUGCGUCAGACCACGGCAUCGACCCCUCCCGCUCGUUCGUUCUGCCCACGCUCGACUUCUCUGCGUCUUUCCCGGUUCCUGCUUGGUCGGCCCCGCCCCCCCGCUCGCCUUCUGGCCUUUCGACACCCAUGUCUGACUUCGAGUUCCACAAUGCGUGGACUGAGAUGGACGACGGAACGAGCUCUCCAGGUGGUUCCGGGUUUGAUGGGGAUUCGGAUGUUGAGUCGGCGGGCUCGGAUUGGUACGAUCUAUCACGCGCACCGUCUGUUACGGACGUCCGAUUUGGCUUCAGCUCACAGUUCUCGGAGAUGAUGCAUGGUUCCGAAGGACCUCGCGAAGAGCUGUUUUAGAUGGCAUCGCGGUGUCGUUCGAUCUCACAUCUGCUUGUGGCUGUUAUGACCACUGUACACCCUCAUUUUUCUUCUUCUUGAGUUUCCUCUCUGUAAUAUACGUCUCGGAACGACCUUCAAUGGUAUACAGAGCUCGAUAAAUGCCCAUCGUCGGCACUAGCCAAGCGAGGUGAAAGCGUUGUGGCUAGCCAACGCUCGAUUGU